AAACAUAGCCUUCGUCCUGAGUGACUGGGUGAACGAACGAAACACGAAAUUUAAACUGCACUCACUCAGCACUAUUCUCGGUAUUCUGAGCCCUGCUGAUCUCUCUGAGUCUCUCUCCUUUUGCCUUGUUUGCAGUUUACAGAGGCAUUAGGCCUAGAUCUUGAUCUCUAGGUCUAUCUGGCUAAUGGUUGAACGAAAAUGAAGAGAGUAACUCGACGAGGAAGGACUCGAGGUCAUGCAGAUGCACCUGCAGAAGAUGAAAUUGGGAGAGACCAAGAGAAUGAAAAUGAAAUGAACUUGAAGGAACAACGUUUAUUAGAAGCAGCCGGCAUAGAUCACAAGACAGCGUUGGGAAUGUCAGAAGAAGAACGAAAGGGGAUUAUGAAAGCAAUCCUUGAAAGUACAGGUCACGUAGAAGAAGAUUUGGAAUCAAUGCCUGAACAGAGCAAGGGAAAGGACAUGACAGAUGAGCCAGAAAGAUCAGGGAUUGCUUCUGAAUUACCGAAAGAUGCAUCAACUAGUAUUGGUCAAACAGAACAACGGUCUGAAGAAGCAGAGAAAGAAGACUCUGGGAUGGCUCGUAAGGACAAAAAGAAAGCAGCUGUUCAGAUAAUUGAAGAAAUUAAGCAGCUGGAUGACCAGGUGCAAGAGAGUAAAAGCGAAAGAAAAAGAGUUAAGGUUAACAGAAGCAAAGAGGCGAUGGAGUGGCGCAGAAGUUCGAAGGUAAAAAAACAGUGGAAUUGGUCUCCAAGUGAAGAAUUCAAACAAGAUGAUGAAAGGGAAGCCAUGAAGCACAAGGAGAAAAAUAAGGAAGAAGAACAGGAAAAGAGUGAUGAGAAGGAUGCUUUUGAUGGUACAGUAGAGACUUUCCUGGAAGGAGAGUUUUCUGAGAUUAGGACAUCGGGCCAGGCAUUUCCAGAACAGGCUGCAGAAGAAAGAGAAGCUGAGGAUGUAGACACUGAUAUGAUGCUGCUGAAAAAUAUUAAGAGGAGCAAACGAAGGGCCAAGCAGAAGAAAAGAAAGAUGACAAUAGAAUCUGAUAAUGAGGACGUUGAAGAAGCAGAAGAUGCACCACUCAGCAAUAAUGCUGGGAGUGAUAUAGAUGUUAUGUCAAAGCCAGUAGCUACCCCGGCAACCAUUCUGGAAAAUGUUAAGGAGAACAGAGGAAGGGCCAAACAAGGACAAGGAAGAAAGAUGACGAUAGAAUCUGAUAAUGAGGACAUUGAAACAGCUGGAGAUACAUCACUCAGUAAUAAUGCUGGGAGUGAUACAGGUCCUAUGUCAAAGCCAGUAGCAUCCCCGGCAACCAUUCUGAAAAAUGUUAGGGAGAGCAGAGAAAGGGCCAAGCAGAAGAAAAGAAAGAUGACAAUAGAAUCUGAUGAUGAGGAUAUUGAGGAAGCAGUAGAUGCAACACUCAGUAAAGAUGCUGAGAGUGUUGUUAUUUCUAAGUCAGUAGCAUCCCGGGCAACCAUUCUGAAAAAUGUUAAUGAGACGAGAAGAAGGACCAAACAAGGACAAGGAAGAAAGAUGACAAUAGAAUCUGAUGAUGAGGACAUUGAAACAGCUGGAGAUACAACACUCAGUAAUGAUGCUGGGAGUGAUACAGAUGUUAUGUCAAAGCCAGUAGCUACCCCGCCAACCAUUCUGAAAAAUGUUAAUGAGAGAAGGGCCAAACAAGGGCAAGGAAGAAAGAUAAUAGAAUCUGAUGAUGAGGAUGUUGAAACAGCCGGAGAUACAACACUCAGUAAUGAUGCUGGGAGUGAUACAGAUGUUAUGUCAAAGCCAGUAGCGUCCCCGGCAACCAUUCUGAAGAAUAAGAUUGAAGAAGUGGUUUACUCAGCGUAUGGUGGCUGUGAGAAAGUAGAGGAUAAAUCUGUAGGUCCUGGUGUGACUGAGAUCCCGGACUCAUCUUCUGAAAAUGAAGCAUCAUGUGCCAGUGGACAAUUCCUUCUUGACGACCAGGAGACACAGGCACCAGAUGACUUUGGCUUAACUAGAGAGACAGACAUGGACUCUGAUGAUAUGAACUUGGCUGGGGAUGUAGACGACAAAAGAGGCUGCUCUGGUCAAGACCAGGACACAACCUUGCAGAAGGACCAGGAAGAAUGUAUGAGCCAGACUCUUCAGCCUAGCAUAGAGAUUGGGCAAGAGACCCAAGUGUAUGACCUCCAGCAGCCAGUUGUGCUAGCUUCCAACACAGACAGUGAGGAAUCGGAUCUUGAAGAAGUAAGCCUGAUUCAGGAGGUGCCAGAUUCCCAGACUGUCUGUGAGACUCAGUGGUCAGUAUUGUCCCCAACAGCUGAGUCACAGGCAGAGAAACUAUCUCAAGCAAAGCAGCAAUGGGCAGACAAGUCGUCAUGUAAGGUGUCACAAACAGACGUAAGAGAAGCGGUCUCUAGCGAUGAGAUGUCAGGACACAACAACAGAAAAAAUCAGAUUGUAGCUUUGGGGGCUCUCCUGGCCUAG